GCAUUAUGUUGCUUGACAUAGUGGUGACAUUGAUUUUGGGGACAAUCAUCUACUACUUCCUUUCUAGGAAGAAAGAAGAGAGGUUACCCUUUAAAGAGGGAUGGUGGGGCAAAGGACAAAAGCCUGACGCUGAAGAAGAUACAACUAUUCGUCCAUUUAAGGUGGAAACUACAGAGGAAGAGCUGAGCGACUUAUUUAGGAGACUUGACCAGGCUCGAUUCACUGAGCCACUGGAGAACAGUUGCUUUCAUUAUGGGACUAACUCAGUUUAUCUCAGGAAGGUUAUCUCCUACUGGAAAAAUCAGUUCAACUGGAAGAAACAAGUCGAAGUUCUCAAUAAGUACCCACAGUUCAAAACUAAGAUUCAAGGUAUUGAUAUCCAUUUUGUUCAUGUAAAGGCUCCUCGCUUGCCUGAAGGCCAGUCUGCAAAGCCAUUAUUGAUGGUUCAUGGUUGGCCUGGCUCAUUUUAUGAGUUUUACAAAAUUAUCCCUCUUCUGACGGACCCUGCUAGCCAUGGCCUCAGUGAUGAACACGUUUUUGAAGUCAUUUGCCCGUCUAUCCCUGGCUAUGGCUUCUCAGAAGCACCCCACAAAAAAGACUUUGAUUCUGUAAGUGCUGCUUCUGUCUUUUAUGAAUUAAUGCUCAGACUGGGAUUCAGUGAGUUCUACGCACAAGGUGGCGACUGGGGCUGGCUCAUCUGCACCAAUCUGGCCCAGAUUGCUCCCAACCAUAUGAGAGGCCUUCACUUAAAUUUAGCCUCAGUUACAAAAAUGGGAUUCACCCAUGUGCUCUCUGUUCUGCUGGGACGCUACCUUCCAGGGCUCUUCGGAUUCCAGGAUGAAGAUAUUAAGCGGAUGUUUCCCUUCCUGGAAAAAGGACUCUACAGGAUCUUAAUGGAGUCUGGCUAUGCUCACAUACAGGCUACGAAGCCUGACACUGCUGGCUGUGGUUUGAAUGAUUCUCCUGUAGGACUGGCUGCAUACAUCUUGGAGAAGUUUUCUACAUGGACUGAUCUGGAAUUCCGUAAUUUAGAGGAUGGAGGACUAGAAAGGAAGUUUACCCUGGAUGAUCUUCUCACCAAUAUCAUGAUCUACUGGGUGUCAGGCUGUGUAGUUUCGUCAAUGCGUUUCUACAAAGAAAAUUUGCAGAAGGGAAUAGGCACACAGAAACAUGAAAAGCUCCCAGUACAAGUACCUACUGGCAUUGCCUCCUUCCCUAAUGAAGUCAUGCACACACCCCAGGCUUGGGCCCAGAAGAAAUAUACCAACAUAGUCUCCUUCCAUUACAUGCCUCGAGGUGGCCACUUUGCAGCUUUGGAGGAACCAGAACUUCUUGCUGAAGAUAUUCUGCAAUUUGUUGGAAAAGUAGAGAGAGAGCAGCUUUGGCGAAAGAAAGGAGAAUAACUCCCCUUAGGAGCAGCAGGAGAAUAGCAUGUGCUAAGCCAAGUUUACUUUAACCUGUGUUAUUAGAGCUUAUUCUUGACCAGAUGUGAGAAAGGACAGCAAGAAGAAUGCAGUAUAGCUAGGUAAGAUACUGCCUUUAGUAGUUACUGUUGUUUUUAUUUCUAGAUCAGCUAGGCUAAGAAUGAAGCAUGAAGGUAAUUCGGUUAUUUUUUCCUCCCCCAAGCACGAACUUCUGAAAUCUGUCCUAUAGUACUACUGGCUCUUCUUUUGAAGUUGAAAAAUAGUCCUUUUAAGACUAAUCAUGCUCAGUUUAGUUGUUACGAAAGGCUCAGGCUUGUCUUCACUGCAGCAGUAAGCUUGAGUUGGUGGAUGGGUGAGAUUCCACUGAAACAAUGGGGAACAGCCUCGCAAGACAACUUGAAUGAGUGCAUCGAUUAACAACCAGCAUUUAGCUACAGCGCCUAUUAAACUAGCCAGCUGGCUGCCUUGCUCUUCCAGCCGGUGCUGUUUUGCAGCUUCCUGGCUGUGAGGAAGCUCAGCCUCCCCUGUGCUGGGCUGCUGGCACUGUAACUUGUGAGGAGCAGUGGGAGCA